AUGACUGACGACCGAAAGAAGAAGAUCGCCAUUAUUGGAGCGGGCGCAGCUGGCAUGUCCUGCGCUGCUACAUUGGCAAAUCAUCCAGAAAAGUUCGAGGUGACGAUGAUCGACAUCGAUUCCCACACGGGUGGUCAAGCGACGUCGGUCUCUUUGGACGAACAGAAAUACGGCGCAAGCUGGCUGAAUGAUGGAGUCCAGGGUGGCUCUGCAAUCUUUCGACAUACGUUCCGGUUCUUUCGCCGUUACGGCUAUGAGCCACAGCAAGUCAAACUUCAGGUCUCCUUCGGCAAAGGACCGGAAAACUUUUGGACAAAUGUGUUCCCCAGUCCCCUGGUGGAUCAACACUCUCGGGAAAUCAAGAAGCUCGGCCGCGUUUUGAAGUGCAUCAAAUAUCUUAUGCCGAUUCUCGGGGUUCUACCAGUCAAGGUUAUCCUUCGACUGUUCCGAUUCAGUAACGACUUCAACAAUAAGAUGGUCUUGCCGCUUCUAGCACUCUUCCUCGGCACCGGAAAUCAGACUCCGAAUGUAUCAAGUGUCUUGCUGGAGCGCUUAUUUGACGAUCCGCAAAUGAAGCUAUGGGAGUACGACCCUGACACGCUGUUGCCAAAUCUCCCCGAGAUGUACACCUUUCCCAAUCUGGGGAACUUCUAUCGAGAUUGGUCCAAAGACCUUCAGAGCAAAGGGGUGGAUAUACGCCUGAACUCUUCGGUCGCAAUUCUGGAGCGAGGCAGAAAAGGUGUCGUUCUGCAAAUUCAACGACAAACCAGUGGUGGAGAGCAGGCAGAAUCUGUAUACCCACCAGAAUCUUUUGAUGAGCUCGUUCUCUGCUGUCCCGCAGACGAAGCAAAGAAGAUGCUCGAUCGAAAUGCUACCUGGCGAGAGAAGUAUGUACUUGGGGGCGUGAAAUUUUUCAAUGAUAUCACCAUCACCCAUUCAGACUCCGAUUACUUCCAGAAGAUAUUUGAAGCUCAGUACGAUCCGGCCUUGUGUGCGCAAGCAACGACUAAAGAUCGGAAAGAGCAAAUCGAAUUUGCCGAACAGCAGCCCCGGUGUGAAAAGGACGGCUGGGUGGGGUUCCGGCCAAUGUAUUUCACCCACUCGUUUGAAUCCGAUCCAGACAAGAUCGAAAUGGGCUUCGAUUGCUCAAACUAUCAGCAUCAAUUCCGGGAACGCCUCGGCCCGGGAAGCGACCCUCUGCCUUUGAAUGAGCAUGUCUUCCAAACAAUCUUUUUGAAUGAUCAAGAAAAGGAGAUGUGGACAUGGAAUGACAUCGAUCCUUCUAAGAUCAUUGCCCGUAAAUGGUGGCAUCAAUUUGGCCAUCGAUGGCAGCAUUACCUACGUGUCGUACCAGGCAUGAUGUUCAUCAAUGGUAAGAAUAGAACUUUGUACGCGGGAAGCUGGACUAUGGUGAAUAUGCAUGAGAUUGCCUGUAUCUCCGGUAUCGCUGCGGCUUAUCAGCUGGGUGCCGACUACGACCCUUUUGACGAUUUUGCAGAAGAUUUCUUUGCCAAGUAUCUACUUGUUUGCCAUGGUACCCGCUACAAGAGAGGAAAGAAUAAGCAGGCUUGA